UACUUUGUUUGAAGUCAGAGUGAUGUCAUAUAAAGAUGCGGAUGCGUGGCAAGGUGAUUUAGAUUUUUGGUGAGUGGUAGUCUCCACGGCCAGCGUUGCCCACCGAGAGAGGCGCGGAGCGGCACAACAUGAUAAUCACCACCACCGCCACCUCAAGCACUGCCGCGCUCUCUCCUUUUUCUUCUCCGCUCUCGGGCUUUCGUUUCAUGCCCGAAAUCCUGAUCUGCCUUCCAAAAAUAAGCCUGUGCCACCAUGCCGAAGAAAGAAAAACAAGAAGAGUGGUAUUUUUAGGACCAUUAAUUUUGACCACGUGCCCCGUAGGUAAACCGGAUGGCCAUUGCGCAAAGACUCCUCAUCAGUAUGUCCUGCGAGGCCGGCACGCACUGGACGUUGACUGCGAUUGUUCUCCUGGGCUUCCUGCUGGGGAUUGUGUCAGCAUAUCCGAUUUCGAGCAGGACUAAUGCAACUUUACUGGAGAAAAGAUGGGAGACCCUGUUCUCCCGCUCCAUUCUGGGGAUCUCGGGGGAGAAAUCGGACCUGAAUUGGGAGAGUGACUAUUUGCUGGGCAUCAAGAGAGUGCGGAGGCUGUACUGCAACGUGGGCAUCGGGUUCCACCUUCAGAUCCUUCCAGACGGCAGGAUAAACGGUGUACAUAAUGAGAAUCAGUACAGUCUAAUAGAGAUCUCCACGGUAGAGCGAGGAGUGGUUAGCUUGCAUGGAGUCAGGAGUGACCUGUAUGUCGCAAUGAGUAGCAGAGGAAGGUUAUACGGCACGACGGCCUUCCGGGACGAAUGCAAGUUCAAGGAGACCCUGCUGCCAAACAACUACAACGCCUACGAGUCUUCGGUCUACCAAGGAUUCUACAUCGCGCUCAGCAAGCAUGGCCGGGUCAAGAGAGGGAACAGGGCCACAACGGCCAUGACGGUCACACACUUCCUCCCUCGAAUAUGAGCUAAAGUCGCAAUAACUCACUAAUUUGCACAUGGGGAUCUUCCCAGUUUGUUUAUAUAUGUGUGUGUAUCUAUAUAUAUAUACAUAUAUAAAAUAUCACUCACACAAACACACAUGCGCAUCUACGUAUAUCAUGUAAUGUACACACACCAAAACACACUGUCUGCAGAUCAACACUAUAUACAGUAGUAUUUAAUCUUUAUAUAUGUAUAUUUGGGUAGUUACCUUUAUAUUAGAAUUGACGUAUAUGCCAUACUUUGCUGCUUAAUAUAUUUAUAAUCAUUAUACAAGGCAGAAAGGCUCAACUGGCCUUUGAACUUUAUAUAGGUGCUUGCCAUAAGAGGCAGAGACCUUGCCUUGUCACUGGUAUGACUACUAUCCUCAGCUUUUUGAGGUGACAUAGAUCCUUUUUAUUACCUCAUAUAAUCACCGCCUGAAUAGAUGCAUGAAUUUCCACUUGGCGCGGCCCCGACCCUGCGAGAAUGCAAUACUUUAUGCCAGCCCCGCCCCAUUUUACUAAGCCCCGCCCAUUUCCUCAGCCCUGCCCCUUUUUACUUAUGCCCCACCCUUUCCACCAUCAUUGUCAUUUUCUAGCAUGGGAAAUGAAGGUUCUUGGGGCUGGGGCCCCUUUACCGUGUGAUGAGAUGGUGCCUUAGCGUCCUGCCUACGGCCCCCUUUACUUGCACGCGCAAAAUGUAGCCGGCGGUCCAAAAUAGGAAUCACGAUAUGUGAGUCAUGUGACUCUCCAGGCCUCCUGCAGGUGACUCUAGCCUAAUUCCUAGAGGGCCAGGGGAUGAGUUCUGUGUAUUUUUUUUUCCAUAAUUAGACUCAAUUAGUAAUCGAACCUGAGCUGAAUGGUGAUCAGAGGAAGUCACAGGUCGUGGCCAGAGCUGUAGAAACCCAAAGUGCUUCAACCAGGGAAACUUGACAAGCGGGACUCCCAAUUGCCCAGCGCUGUCGAAGCCGCUACAGCAGCCACGCGCCUUGGCAGCUCGUCUGAGGCGUGCCACACGGUCGAUGGCUGCUGGUUCUUGGAUUUAUGGGGGGAUGCAGGGGGGGAAUUUCCCAGGGGGACAGGAUAUCCCUCAAGCGGCUGCAAUUAGGCACUCACCCCGGAUGUGGGUGACGCGACGGCAAAACCACCCCAACAAACAGUCCAAGAAGAUGUCUGCAUGUCAAGUCGGACCGGUGUAAAUAAUAAUAUGAAACUGGGGCGGUAAGCCGGAGGUUUACGCUGCUGUUCUGGCUUCUUCUGUUGCACGCUCUGGUCCUGGUGAUGGCCCCUGGUCUGAAGAUCAUAGAAGAGGCCUUGUUCUCUUCAGCUGGCCGCAGACUGGCGCAAACAGGACGCGACCCCAGCACCUAGAGUGCCGUGGCUGUAGGACAGUAGGGAAUGGGCCAGUGCCCAUGCAUGGAUAGGACAUCUGUGUGGGGUCACUCAUAGCCCCAGGGCUCCAGGAUGGACUGCACCCUCACCUCAGCCAUGUUUUAUGGACCUGAGGGCUUGUUUUAAUCUGGAAAAGACGUAUGGAGUGCUGCUGCUUGUGGAUGCUGUUGUUUACGUAACUCUGAAAGAAUGUGGAUCCAGUAUAGGGGGCUGCGAUGAAGUACUUCCCGAAUACCUGAGCAACCCCUCUCCCCCCGCCCCAACCCCCUCCACCUGUCGCCAUAAAAAAAAUAAUAAAAAGACUUACCAGCAGCGACCUCGAAAUUCCACCAGUGCCCGCCCAUGCCUCGAAGCCCGUUUGUCCACUUUUAGUUCAUGGUCAGGGUCACGGCACCCCCCCCCCCCCCACGGCCCCCCCUCCAUGGCAACCCCGGCCCAUGGGGGCAGCUUAUGAGGUCAUACUGCUUGCGGAUCCCACCCAUACUCAUCUUUUUAUCUUCAUUCACUAGUAGUGUAUAGUUUUGGGGAGGAGAUGUUGCACGGAUUACGGUCCAUCUGCUGUGCCCAUCGUGAUCGUCUGUCUGGCGACCGCUGGUUCGAUGGGCCAACUGGCCCGUCUCUGAUAGUCAUAUCAGUCUCCAGUACUAGUUGAAAAUGGCAUUUAAGCUAAUAUGAGAAAAAGAGAAAAAAUAUGGACAGUAAAAGCCCUGUGAUCUCGGAAUCGUUGGCAGAUUCCGGGUUCCACUUUAAAAAUAAGCGCUAGGCGGAAGGUGAGAGGUCAGGAGAGCUGGAACGCCAGGACCUCCCCAGUUGGCAUGCUGCUCUGAUCUGCAUCCGAAAUGUAUUUGGGAGGGGGUGGGUGGGGCAU